AUGAUCUCGGCUCUCCGAUCUAUCUGGCACGGUCAAAGAAUGAUGAAUCCUCUCAUAGCCGUCGUCGGUGCCACGGGCACAGGCAAGUCAAAGCUUGCAGUGGACUUGGCCUCUCGAUUCAACGGUGAAAUCAUCAAUGGUGAUGCCAUGCAGAUGUACCGCGGUCUGCCGAUCAUAACGAACCAGAUCCCGACAGAAGAACGGAACGGCAUCCCUCACCACCUCCUCAGUUGCAUCGACCUAGACGCGGAAGCAUGGCGCAUCGGGCUGUUCAAGCGAGAAGCCCUGCGAGUUAUUGAAGACAUCCGCGCCCGUGGCAAGGUCCCUAUUCUUGUUGGGGGCACCCACUAUUACACCCAAGCAGUGCUGUUUAAAGAACAGCUCGUGGGCGAGGGAGUGGACGACGAAGGCGAGCGCGAACAGCUCACGGAGUUCAGCACAACCUCGAAGAAAUGGCCGAUUCUGGAUUCAUCACCUGAAGUUCUCCUGGAGAAGCUGCGCGAGGUGGAUCCUGUCAUGGCUGCGCGAUGGCAUCCGAAAGAUGCGCGGAAAAUCCGGCGGUCAUUGGAAAUCUAUUUUCAGACAGGACGCCAAGCCUCGGAGAUCUAUAAAGAGCAGUUCUCUCAAAAAAGAAAGGCGAUAGAUCAGGAGCAGGGGUUACUAAGAUUCGAGAAUACGUUGGUGUUUUGGGUACAUGCCGAGAAGGAGGUCCUCAACGCGCGCCUGGAUGCACGCGUCGAUGACAUGGUCAAGCAGGGCUUGAUGACCGAGGCGGAGAAGAUGUCAGACUACUUGCAGGAAAAAGCCUCGCAGGGCAUUGAAGUUGACCAAACACGGGGGGUCUGGGUGUCCAUUGGAUUCAAGGAAUUGGCGCCAUACUUCAAAGCUAUCCGGGACGGGGAAGCAAGCGAGAAAGAAAUCGAAGAUCUCAAACGACACUCUCUUGAAUUAAUUCGCAUCGCUACACGACAAUACGGAACAUCCCAGGUCAAAUGGAUCCGCAACAAACUCUGGCAUGCACUCACCGAAGCCGGAGAGACACAUCGUCUUUACCUCCUGGACAGUUCCAAUGUCAACGACUGGAGCAAGUGCAUCACUGAGCCAUCCGAGCAGAUUGUGCAACUAAUGCAGCAAAGCAAACCGACUCCGGAUCCCAAGUCCCUUUCUCAGUUGGCAACGACAGAGUUCGGCGCCAAGGAAGCGCAGGCCCAAAAGCGUGUACAGACUGACCCAAUUGGGAAAUGCUAUACCUGUGAUGUCUGCGAGAAGACUAUGGCGUCUGAGGACCAGUGGCAUAUUCAUCUCAAAAGUCAUCGACAUAAAAGUGGACUCAGGUCUGCGAGCAAGAGGGCACAGCGCGAUGAAUAUUUCCGAAAGAAGGAAUUGGAAGCGCAAGCGAGCCAGGCUCCUGAAACCGAACCUCAAUCUUAA